AAAGACAUGGGCACUUGGUCCACGUACGCUCCCACCAACACUGAACAGCAGCGAAGAUUACACCGGACUGUGUUGUUACUUCUCGUCCGGAGCCGCCUUUUGUCUGUACACGAUCUUGAUUCUUUUCUCGCCGCAAGGGCUGACAAUGGUAGCAAUCAUAUAUGGCUUGAAUUCUCCUUGCUCUUUAUUCGUACUGCUUUCAUGGAAAAAAUAGCUACAACGGCUGACUUUCCGAAGCUACUUGAUUUGAUGAGUCAAGUCGCUGAGGGCAGGAGCGAUGCAAGUGCUCAAAUUCCGCAAUCUUUUCGAAAGCCAAUCUUGCUGAUGCUAGAGGAAGCUCGUGUUCCAGCUCUCCAGAUCCACGCACCAGUUCCUGCGAGUGCGAGCAAGUCGGUAGAAACGCAACGACUUGAAAGUAGCAGCAUUGCGUCUUUCUUCCGAAACGAUCCAACAACUGCAAAGCAGCAAGUUACUGCCUUGCUAGAAGGGUGGAUCCGUCUGCAGUCUGAGCCCUCUCUGAACGAGAAAGCUCUCGCUCAAUACAUGAUUAUUUUGCAGCGCUUCGGGAUGGGGAAAAACGAGGAGCAGACGGAAAGGUUCCUCCGAAAUUCUGUCAUCAUUGUUGUCGAUGCUGCUCUCAAAUCCAGUACUCAGCGUGGAGACGGGAAGAAGCAUAUCAAUUACGUAUUCAUAGACCACUUCGCCAAGCUUCUCGGUAUUCUUGUUCGUCACAUGAACGCAGGAGGCUCAGCCGACCAAGUAAAUGCUCAGCGCCUGGGAGUUCUCAACAAGAUUCUUGGGACAAUCGUCAGGUCGAUGAUGUGGCACUAUGAAAGUAGUAUGGAAGGGUCUGCAAACCCGUGGGACCAGCGUCCGUGGUUUCGUCUCUUGCUCAAUCUUGUAAUUGAUCUAAACAAGCCGGAUCCUGUAUUUGAGGCUGUUCGUCUCGGCAUUUUGAGUGUUUUCGGAGCCGCCUUUCACGUAUGCCAACCAAUGAUAUUUCCAGCUUUCGCAUUCUCAUGGCUCGAGCUUGUGUCGCAUAGGCACUUCCUUCCUAACCUGAUUUUGUUCUCCGACGAAAAGGGAUGGAAUGUCGCUCAUCAAUUACUGAUUGACCAGCUUCUUUUCUUGGAACCUUCGCUAAGGCGAGUUGAACUCACUGUACCCGUCAAAAAGCUAUAUGAAGGGACCUUGCGUGUUCUGCUUGUUUUACUUCACGAUUUCCCAACUUUUCUCGCCGGUUUUCAUCUCAGCUUCUGUAAUGUUAUUCCCGAAAGCUGCGUACAGCUUCGUAACAUUAUUCUGUCUGCCACUCCGAAGGCCAUGAAUCCUCCGGACCCGUUCACUCCAAAUCUCAAAAUCGAUUUGCUUCCCGAGAUCUCUCAAAGUCCUACAAUUUUGUCGAAUAUUCUUAGUCCAAUCGCUUCCUUUCGUGGGCAUCUCGAUGCGUUCCUAAAGGAUGGACAGCGUCGGAACUUUCUCUUGGAGCUUCUUCCUUUGCUUCAUCGUGAUGGUGGAGCUGAAAUUGACGUGCCGAAAGUCAAUUCUUUGGUUGUUUAUGUUGGAGCGCAUGCACUGGCGAGGCUUCAAAACUCACAGAUUUCUCUGACGCGUACUCCGGAGAUGGAGGUAAUCCAGAAACUAAUGGAACUAGAAGAUCGGGGGCGCUACGUUUGCCUGAAUGCAAUCGUGAACCAGCUAAGAUAUCCGUCGAGUCACACGCACUACUUUUCCUGCGUCGUGCUCUAUCUCUUCAGCGAGUUCAAGAGCGUCGCUGUGAAGGAGCAAGUAACAAGGGUACUGCUCGAACGCCUUAUUGUAAAUCGCCCUCACCCAUGGGGUUUGUUGAUUACGUUCAUUGAACUCGUCAAAAAUCAACGCUAUGGCUUUUGGAAUUAUCCUUUUACACGCUGUGCCACUGAGAUUGAGAAAGUCUUUGAAUCAGUUGCUCGUUCCUGC